AUGCAGUCGGCGGUGUUGGCUGUGGGUGUGGUGUGGUGGAGCAGCCUGAUGGCGGGCUGCGCACAGGCGCGGGCGCCGGCGCCCCGGCGCUUCAGGGCCCUGCGCGCCCCCGCGGACCCGAUCGAGCCGCCGGAACAUCCCGAUCACAACAACACCAAUUUCUGCCCGAUGCCAGCGAUGCAGCAGCAGGGGGCCACGCUGGUGGAGGACGCCAACGCCCACCCGUGGGCGGCGAAGGUGGUGCACACGCACUGGAAGCACCAUACAGAAGAGCCCUUCCUGUGCACGGCGGCCGCGAUUAAACAUCGAAUAUUUAUAACUGCUGCUAGAUGUCUCGCCACAUCCAAACCCUAUUAUACUCAUCUACGGAUGCGAAUGAACCUGAGAGUAGCAGUGCAAUUUUUUGUGACGCCAUCUCCAUCCACCAAACAACUGUUCGACGACAUUGGGUUUAUCGUUGCAUGGACCCGCCUCUUUGAUAAAAAAACAGGAUACGAGUAUUCACCUACGGACGGGUUCCUGUCAAUAUCGAGGAAGCCGCGCGCCGGCGGGGGCGCCUGGCGCCUGGACUGGGCCGCCGGCGCCGCCUACAAGCUCGUGGGGUUCCUCGCGGAGAGAGAGUCACCGUCGAACCAAUCCCUGUACGAGUUGGGUGAGAUGUACGGAAGCAACUCGGCGUGCAAUCGGCUCCUGCCGGCGCAGACGCAGUCGCAGGACUACUGGGCCGCGUGCGUGCACUCCUGCCGGCCGCUCGAGCACUCCCGCGAGCACCCGCCCUGCCGCCGGUAUCUGCUGGGGCUGGGCCACGCGGUGCUCGACGACAAGAACGAACUGGUCGGCAUCGUCACGUGGUCGUGCGGGAACGAGCCCGCCGCGCUGGCUAGGAGAGGCGGCCUGCCGCUGCCGCUGGGCGUCGCCGUGCCCGACGACCGCUUCCAGCGUAAUUUAGAAUGUGUAGACUAUAUUAUCAAAAAUGCUGACUUCGUAAAAAACUUAACCGUGCCCGGAUUUUAUCCAUCACUUUGUAAAUGAUAUAUUAGUCCCGCUGGCCGCGUGGACACCAAUUUUCGUAAGAUAUGUCGAACAAUCAGAUAAUUUCUGUUUCGCCCCAUAGUUAACAGGUUGCUUAAAGGCCUUAACACGCGUUAUACUUUUUAAAUAUGCUAUAAUUAUUAGAACCAAUAUAAAUUAUAUAAAUAAAUAAUAAAUGUCAAUUCGUCCACGACCAAGUGAAAGAUUUGGUAAGUCUGCCAAACGUUUAGAUGGAUUAUAACAAUCUGCUUUACAAUAAUUCUGCCAAAUGAAAAGUUGCCAUACAAAAAGUUGCUAAACGUUAGUUGUCAAAAUGAAACUUCGGCGAAAUGUUGGUUGGCAAAUGAAAUUCGGCAAAAAAUAGUUCGGCGAAAAGGCAGAACACCGUCCGAAGCAUUAUAUCUCUCCUUUCUUUUGGCCUGAUUUAGCAAGUGCACACUAUGAUGGUCAGACAGUUGAGCUACUAAAGUCAAAAAACACAGAAUUUGUUCAAAAAGAAGCCUAUUACUCAAUUGUCCAGAGCUCCGACUUAUCGAGCGGUACUAGACCACUGCAAGAGAUACAUACGAAAGAAUGGCCGAGAAGAUAAUAUAUAUUACUUGAUGAAUUCAAACGAUUGUGGUCUGCAACUUGCCGAAAAGUGACAAGAAGUGAUGUGAAGUCUGAGAAAAAACUAGUAAAAUUUCCCCUACAUUUAAAGGAAAGGGAAAAAGAGAAGAUAUGUAUUGAUGAAUACAGACCUGACUCUAUAAUUCGUGUUUGAAAAUGAACUCAGCUCGCGAGAUUUCCUAACCGCUACCGAAGUUCUGUCUGUAUGGCAAUAUGCUUACCGCGCGGGCCACUCGACUUGCGCCAUGACACGUGAUCUGGCCCCGCAGCCGAAUGGCAUUUCUGCAACGCGAAACGGAAUCGAAACGCCUCAGAAAGGUAGUCUGGCUCGUUGCGCCAAUGCGCAAGAGCGAUAGAGAUAGAUAUCUACGAGCGGUUCGUUUCGUGGUUGCUGUAUUGUGGUUGCCCGCGAGCAGUGCCGGAAGGUUGCGGUGUUGUGCUGCGACCUGUCGAAGGCGUUCGAUGUUGCCGACCACAACGUACUCGCUAUCAAACUGCACCACUAUGGAAUAAGAGGUAAAGCACAUGCACUCUUCACAGAUAUGCUUCAUGAUAGAUGCCAGGCGGUGGUCGCUGACGGAGGCAGAGUAGAUCAGAGGUGAAAUCGACUGUAAUGGGCGUUGCACAAGGGUCAUCGGUGUCUAAUAUCUUAUUUUCGCUGCUUUUAAACGACUUACCGAAAGCAAUAACAGCGGGAGAAGCUUAUAAUAUAUAUAUGCCGAUGACGUCGCUGUCGUCGUGUCCGCUCCUGACUUAAAUGAACUCGAGCAGCGCCUAAACGAAGUUACUAGUCAGCUAUGGAGGUAGGAGGUACUUAAUUAUAAAUGGCUUAGUACUCAACCUUCAAAAAACAAAUUUCCUGCAUUUCCACCUUGGAAGCAAAGAACACCAUAGUUCUGGGUCUUGAACUAUACAGGAGCCUGCGAUGGGAUGCACAUAUCAGUAAAGUGUGUAAACAACUUGCGGGUGCCUGCUUCGCACUGCGACGCCUGGCGAGGGUUGUGCCCAGGCAUAUGGUAAGGUCUGCUACUGUAGAUGCGGUAGGGUAAAUAAUAUGCACUGAAUAACUUGAAUGUAGCGCGAUUUAUUAUUUACUACACAUCAACGAAAUAUUGAAUACAGAAGGAGAAUUGAGAUUUACAGAACAUCGAGACGAAAAUUAAAUGUAUAUAAGUAUUUUGACAUGGAAACAAGUCAACAACGGUAUCCUAUUAGAUACCAUAAGAACCGACUGCGCCUGCGGGCGGCUAUCUAUAUAAUAAAAAAGUCGGUUUGUCCGCGAGUAAUUUAAAAUUGUACACUUGCAAGUUGCAACCUGUGGGUCAAUUACACGCAGAGAGCCUUCAACGCCCUCCGAGUACAGUAUAUAAUGCCUUUAGGAUGUUGUUGGUUCUCCCGCGUUAUUGCAGUGCCUCGGCCAUGUUUGCGCACGCGCAGACGGAGGGGUUCGGCGAGGCAUCACUCCAGCGCAGAGUACGCGGGAGCCGCAACAUCAUCCUGAGGGUCAUCAGUGACAGGGGGACUGCCCCUUUCAGGGACACUGGAUACGAACGCACACGCACGUACCGGGUGUCCCUGAGGGCGGCAGAUAUUUUAAUUAAAAAUUUAAAUAAAUAUGUUAUGUUAAUUUUAGGUCACUAAUAUAGCUUAAGUGUUAUGUAUAUAAGUAUAUGUCUGUAUAAGUAAAACGGGGCAUUAUAUGGGCCCUGCCUGAAGUAAUAGUACAUUACAUCAGAGGCCGGGAAAAUGAGGAUUUCCGGCCAAGUGGGUAUAUACGGAUAGGGAUACGAGGCCGGGAAUCCGUUUUCACGCCGAGGCAUGUAUAGUGCUUUUC